AGUAUCUGAAUGCAUUAUGACACGCCUACAGUAGACAUUGGAAAAAGAGAUUGGAUGGGAGGGACCAAGACCAACCAAGGGGUGGAAGGUCAUAUUUAUUUCGAAUAUUCCAAAAUCCAACGUAACUAAACCAAUCCAAAAUCAAAACCCACCUCUCUCCAACGCCACACGUACCAUGGCCUCUGACCCAGAGAAGCCGGUCACAGCCGCAGCCACCCAAGACGAAGAUGACGUGUCACCCAUCGAGGAGGUUCGCCUGACGGUGACCAACACCGACGACCCGACCCAACCGGUAUGGACCUUCCGCAUGUGGUUCUUGGGCCUUCUCUCAUGCUCCCUCCUCUCCUUCCUCAACCAGUUCUUCGCGUACCGGACCGAGCCUCUCAUCAUAACCCAAAUCACCGUCCAGGUCGCUACCCUCCCUAUUGGCCACUUCAUGGCCUUGCUUCUGCCCAAAACCAAGUUCACUCUCCCUGUCCCUGGGCUCGGGUCCAAAUCCUUCUCCUUCAACCCGGGCCCGUUUAACAUGAAGGAGCACGUGCUUAUUACCAUAUUCGCCAAUGCCGGAAGCGCCUUCGGAUCCGGGUCGCCCUACGCCGUGGGUAUCGUUAACAUUAUCAAAGCCUUUUACGGACGCAGCAUCUCCUUCGUUGCUUCCUGGCUUCUCAUCAUUACAACUCAAGUGCUAGGAUAUGGAUGGGCCGGUUUACUGAGGAAAUACGUGGUAGAGCCAGCCCAUAUGUGGUGGCCCAGCACCCUCGUCCAAGUUUCCCUUUUCCGAGCUUUGCAUGAAAAAGAUGACCACCGACUUUCACGGGCAAAGUUUUUCUUUAUUGCACUAGUGUGCAGUUUUUCGUGGUACGUGAUCCCUGGAUACUUGUUCACAACGCUCACAAACAUUUCAUGGGUGUGUUGGAUAUUCUCCAAGUCAGUGACAGCUCAGCAAAUAGGGUCAGGCAUGAGGGGCUUGGGACUUGGGGCACUCACACUUGAUUGGUCUGUUGUGGCAUCAUUCUUGUUCAGCCCUCUUAUCUCACCCUUCUUUGCCAUUGUCAAUGUUUUUGUGGGCUAUGCAAUAAUAGUCUACGUUGUGACUCCUGUAGCAUACUGGGGCCUCGACGUGUACAAUGCCACUAGGUUCCCCAUUUUCUCCUCACACUUGUUCACAGCCCAAGGUCAAAAGUACAACAUAUCUGCUAUUGUAGACAACAAGUUUGAGCUGAAUGUUGCAGAGUAUGAAAAGCAAGGUAGAAUUCAUCUGAGUGUGUUCUUUGCACUCACUUAUGGCUUUGGAUUUGCCACCAUUGCAUCCACCCUCACGCAUGUUUUCUGCUUCUAUGGAAGGGAGAUUAUGGAGCGCUAUCGUGCUUCUUCCAAAGGCACAGAAGAUAUCCACACAAAAUUGAUGAAAAGAUACAAAGAUAUACCUUCCUGGUGGUUUCAUUCAUUGCUGGUUGUGACACUUGCAAUUUCUCUUGCACUAUGCAUCUUUCUAAAUGACCAGGUUCAGAUGCCCUGGUGGGGACUUCUCUUUGCUGGAGUCCUUGCUUUUGGAUUUACCCUCCCUAUUAGCAUCAUCACUGCCACCACAAACCAGACACCAGGAUUGAAUAUCAUCACCGAGUACGUCUUUGGUCUCAUUUACCCUGGAAGACCAAUAGCAAAUGUAUGCUUUAAAACCUACGGUUACAUUAGCAUGGCGCAGGCUGUCUCUUUUCUCAGUGAUUUCAAACUUGGGCACUACAUGAAAAUCCCUCCAAGAUCAAUGUUCUUAGUCCAGUUCAUAGGUACAAUGCUUGCUGGAACCAUAAACAUUGGGGUAGCAUGGUGGUUGCUGAACUCUAUCACAAACAUAUGUCACGAUGAUGUUCUCCCCCCAGACAGUCCCUGGACGUGCCCUGGUGACCGUGUAUUCUUUGAUGCAUCAGUCAUUUGGGGUUUGGUAGGACCAAGGCGUAUCUUUGGUUCCCAAGGAAACUACAGUACUAUGAAUUGGUUUUUCCUUGGAGGUGCGUUAGGACCAAUAAUUGUUUGGCUAUUCCACAAAGCAUUCCCCCAACAGUCAUGGAUUCCAUUGAUCAACCUCCCAGUUCUCCUAGGAGCAACUGCAAUGAUGCCACCAGCAACACCAUUGAACUACAAUGCAUGGAUUUUCGUUGGAACAAUUUUCAACUUCUUUAUCUUCCGUUACAGAAAGAAAUGGUGGCAGAGGUACAACUAUGUUUUGUCAGCAGCACUUGAUAGUGGGGUUGCUUUUAUGACUGUUUUGCUAUACUUCUCAUUGGGUUUGGAAAACAAGAGUCUAAAUUGGUGGGGAAAUGAUGGUGAACAUUGUCCACUCGCAGUUUGCCCUACAGCGAAGGGCGUAAUCGUUCCUGGUUGCCCUGCAAACUAGUGAUUUUAUCCUUAUUUUAAUGGUUUCAUUACAAUACAUGCAUGAAUACGUAUUGGCACAUGCAAAAUGUAAAACAUAAAAGGUCUAUAUUUUCAAGUAAAUAGUUAGUCGAAUUGAUGUGCUUUCUUUCAUUUACAGGAUCAAUGCAGUAAAAUAGUUUGGUUAUAAAA